AUGGGCUAUCUGGUCAAAGGUAGAACACAGGCCAAGUCACACCACAGUAAUCUCAAAAAGGAAAUUAAGGGGAGCCACCAACCCUCCAUCAACCCACCAACCCUCCAUCAACCCUCCAUCAAACCACCAACCCUCCAUCAAGCCACCAACCCUCCAUCAAGCUACCACAUCAAGCCACCAACCCUUCAUCAAGCCACAACAUCAAGCCACCAACCCUCCACCAAGCUACCACAUCAAGCCACCACCCCUUUAUCAAGCCACCACCCCUCCAUCAAGCUACCACAUCAAGCCCCCACCCCUUUAUCAAGCCACCACCCCUUCACCAAGCCACAACAUCAAGCCACCAACCCUUCAUCAAGCCACCAACUCUUCAUCAAGCCAUUAAUCCACCAAAUCAAGCCACCAACCCUCCAUCAAGCCACAACAUCAAGCCACCAACCCUCCAUCAAGCCACAACAUCAAGCCACCAACCCUUCAUCAAGCCACCACAUCAAUCAACCAACCCUCCAUCAAUCCACCACAUCAUGCAACCAACCUCCAUCAAGCCACCAACCCUUCAUUAAGCCACCAACCCUUCAUCAAGCCACAACAUCAAGCCACCAACCCUUCAUCAAGCAAUCAACCUUCCAUCAAGCCACCAACCCUCCAUCAAGCCAUCAAUCCACCAAAUCAAGCAACCAACCCUCCAUCAACCCACAACAUCAAGCCACCAACCCUCCAUCAAGCCACAACAUCAAGCCACCAACUCUUCAUCAAGCCACCAACCCUUCAUCAAGCCACAACAUCAAGCCACCGACCCUUCAUCAAGCCACCAACCCUUCAUCAAGCCUCCACAUCAAGCAACCAACCCUCCAUCAAGCCACCACAUCAAGCCACCAACCCUUAAUCAAGCCACCAACCCUUCAUCAAGCCACAACAUCAAGCCACCACCCCUUCACCAAGCCACCAACCCUCCAUCAAGCCAUCAAUCCACCACAUAAAGCCACGAAACCUCCAUAA